UAUACGACUUGACCAGUCCCCGGUGGGAGAGCCAUUGUGUUGAGUGUUGCGUCAGUAGAAGUGUGUUGGCGACCGUCCCCCAGCACGCCUCCCGCUCCCAACCAACCCUGGCAACACCACCUCAACCCUCCUCCAGUACCCGCCCCCCAACCACACCCGCCAUCACCACUCUCAACACCACAACCAUGGAGAAGAGAAGUAGUACCAGGAAAAGGACUAUCAAAAUUGUUGAUGCUGCUCCAGAUAAAGAUGUUAAAACUGAAGAUGAACCGGUUGCAAAAAGGGGAAGAGGUCGGCCUAAAAUGAAAGAGCCAGUGGUUCAAGAGGAUGAGCCAAAUGUGAAGAGACGAGGAAGGUCAAAAAAAGUCGACACUGAUAUGACUGUAAAGACUGAACUAGAUAUUGACCAUUCCCAAAAUAACACACAGAUUAAAACCACUGGAAAGAGAGGGAGGAAAAAGGAAGCUCAAAUAAAGGAAGAAAUUGUGGAGGAUGAUGAUCAGGAGCCAUCUACUUCAAAUGGUAAUGUUGCCAAAAAGGCAGAGAAAAAGAGCAAGGUGUCCCAGAAGAAAGUUAAAGAGGAGAGUGAAGAGAAGACAGCACCUGCAAAAGCUCCAGGUGGGAAGAAAAAUAAAUCUAAUGCAAGCAAAGGGAAAAAUAAUUCACGCAUGUCCAGUGAAGGAAAAGAGAACAUCGAUUCCAGUAAUAUUCCUGGCAAAUCUGGCAUCAAGUCAGGUGUUGAUAGGACAGUUGUGGUGAAAGGUCGAGCAGCUGUAGAUGCCCUUUGCCCAAUAGCAAAGCAGUCACAUGUGUUUGAAGAGGAUGAUGAUAUAUGGGACUGCAUGCUCAACCAGACCAACAUUCAGUUCAACAACAACAAGUAUUACCUGAUUCAACUGUUGAAGGACGACACUCAGGACUCGUACUCAGUGUGGAUGCGUUGGGGUCGUGUUGGUGCCAAUGGCCAGAAUUCUCUUGUUCCUUGUGGAAAGAAUGUUGAAAAGGCUAAAGACUUAUUUAUGAAAAAGUUCAGCGAUAAAACAAAGAAUGAAUGGUACAUGCGUAUGGCUUUUGAAAAAGUGCCCGGGAAAUAUGAUUUGUUGGCAAUGGAUUACUCUGUGGGACAAGACACUCCUGAUUCAGGUGCAGCACUUGAGAAGGCAAAGGAAGCUCGAAAGAAGUUGAAGUGCAAACUAGAAGCACGAGUAAGGGCGUUGAUUGAGCUAAUUUGUGAUGUACGAACAAUGGAAGAAACUGUGAUUGAGAUGAAGUAUGAUGCUAAGAAGGCUCCUCUUGGGAAACUUACUACUGAUCAGAUCAAAGCUGGCUACCUUGCACUCAAACGUAUCGAUGAUCUAACUCGAAGUGAUAAGUGCAGUCAAAAGGAUUUGGUGCAAGCAUGCAAUGACUUCUAUACCAGGGUACCACAUUAUUUUGGGAUGAAAGUUCCCCCACUGAUUCGCACAAGAGACGAAAUUCGAGAAAAGAUGGCACUGUUAGAAGCACUUGGAGAUAUUCAAGCGGCUUUGAAUGUAUUAGAUCAACCAAUUGACAUUAAUCUUCAUCCUGCUGAUCAGCAUUAUAAUGGACUCCAGUGUAAUAUGACUCCGCUAGAGAGAGACAGUAGUGAUUUUAAGGUAAUACAAAAGUACCUUGAAUCUACACAUGGAAAAACUCACACCAAUUAUCACCUGGAGCUGUUGGAGGCAUUUGCCUGUAAUAAAGAAUCUGAACAAAAGAGAUUCAAAAAUGUGGGUAACUGCAUGUUGUUAUGGCAUGGAUCUCGUCUGUCAAACUGGGCUGGCAUCCUUAGUCAAGGCUUGAGAAUUGCUCCUCCAGAAGCCCCAUCAACGGGCUAUAUGUUUGGUAAGGGCAUCUACUUUGCUGAUAUGGUGAGUAAGAGUGCUAAUUACUGCUGGGCUACUCAGCGCUCCAGUGUAGGUCUGCUUUUGCUCUCUGAAGUGGCAUUAGGCAAGACUAAUAACCUCAACAAUGCUGAUUAUAAUGCCAAUAAACUUCCCAAAGGAUGCAACUCGGUCAAAGGAUGUGGAAGAAUUGCUCCAGAUCCGAAGAAUUUUACAACUCUGUCUGAUGGAACAGUGGUGCCUAUGGGACCAGCUUCAGAAUCAGAAGCAAACAAUGGCUACUCACUCAUAUACAAUGAAUAUAUUGUUUAUGAUCCUGCUCAAGUGCGGACCAGGUUUCUUCUCAAGGUCAAAUUUAAUUUCAAAUAUUAGUUCAUUCCUCACAGCUCAGAUUUUAAUGGAAGAUAUUUUUUUAUAUUUGGCAAAUUUUCAUUACAGCUAGUAUGUGCUACUAAAUGAGCUAGCACAAAUAUGCAUGUUUUAUUAAAAGCUUCUGAACAUUCACA